GCUGUCGGCUUCAGUUAGCUCGCUGCUAGCCGGCUAACGUUAGCUCAGCUGCCCGUGAGGACGGAACCGACACCGGCGGAGCGGGACCUCCUCCUCCACGUCCAGCCCGGCGCUGCUGCUGCUCCCGCUCCGGCUCCGGCUCCUGCUCCCGGCCCCGGCCCCUGCUCCCGGCCCCGGCUCCUGCUCCCGGCCCCGGAUCUGCUCCCGGCCCCGGGCCGCCUCUCUCAGCCCAGCAUGUCGGGGGUUCAGCGGAUGAAGGUGGCUAACGAGCGGCACAGCAAGACGAUCACACAGCGGGGACACGUCCAGAAGACCUCGCGGCCUGUGAACGAGGACAAGUCUCCGGUCGGUCCCUGGCUGCUGGCGCUCUUCGUCUUCGUGGUGUGUGGCUCAGCCAUCUUCCAGAUCAUCCAGAGCAUCCGGCAGGGCAUGUGAGACCACCAGACCCAAACCGGCUCGGCCCGGCGGAGGGGGCGGGGCCUGAUGGAUUGGGGCGGGGCUUGGAGGGUGAAGUGGGGGG